AUGGGACAUUUGUACUUCUCUCUGAUUUUAUUCUUCCUGACUGGGGGUCUUUGUAUGGACGCUUCAGACUGCCCUCGUCAUUUAAGUAAAAGCGACCUCUAUGUUUACGGUGACUAUUGCUUAAAAGUUCACUAUGGUGACUAUGACUGGGAAACUGCCAGAAAACUGUGCCUCAAUGAGGGAGCUGAUCUUGUACAACCAAGAACAUCCGGUAUACAGGAAUAUAUCCGGGUCAGCUUACUGCCCCAGAAACAGAGAUCCGAGGAAGACGGAUUCUGGAUUGGUGCGACGGAUUUAAAUUCUGAAUCCCAUUGGAGAUGGGUGUCAGGUGACCCCCGAAUGCCGUACAGUAACUGGGAGUCAGGGCAAGGACCCUCUCAGUCUGGAUUUCUGUUUGCCGCUGGAGAUCUGGAGGACUGUGCAUUAAUGAAAAUCCAGGACGGAUUCCGUUGGCAUGACUACCCAUGUUCUAAUUUCUUUUAUCAUUACUCAUUUAUAUGCCAACACAAAAAGAUCCCACGCUCAACACAGGCUGCGCAUUUCAAUCACACUCACCCAACCCCAACUACAACAAAAUACGUUCCUCCAACAACGACGAGAUACGUUCCACCUACCACAACCAAAUACGUUCCCCCGACCACAACCAAAUACGUUCCCCCGACCACAACCAAAUACGUUCCCCCGACUACAACAAAAUUUGAGCCAGAAACUUUUACGACGACGAGGUUUGUUCCUUGGACGGAGAAAACAACAAUGCUUAGUGAGAAGACAAGAUCAUCAACAGCUCAGAUGAUGACAGACACACCAUUACCUUCCACAACAAUGAACAAAAAUACCCCUCUCCCAUCCACUACGCCGGAAGAGCCAUCAAAGUCGCCCUCCGCCCCUAUUGGUCCUGGUGGUGAUCCUUUCAGUGGGGGAUUUGCAUCUAUUCAUAGUUUGCCCGCUGACAACUGUCCGUCACAUCUGGGUAAAAGCGACCUGUAUACAUACGGAGAUUUCUGUCUGAAGGUGCAUUAUGGGAACUACGACUGGGAUGACGCAAGACACAAAUGUCGUCAAGAGGGCGGAGACUUAGUUCAGAUCCGGGAUUCUGGGAUGCAGCAUUUUCUCCAAAGAGUUUUAUCAGGUCAAAGGUCAGAGGAGGACGGGUUCUGGAUUGGGGCCAGCGACAGGGACUCAGAAUCACAUUGGAAAUGGGUCUCAGGUGAUCCUAGAAUGAGUUACAGUAAUUGGGAGCCUGGACAGGGGCCAUCUCAAAGUGGCUUUUUCCUUGCCAGUGGAACUAUCGAAGACUGUGCUCUAAUGAGAGUAGACAGUGGAUUUAGAUGGCAUGAUUAUGACUGUAGCAGUAUAUUCUACCAUUAUUCAUUCAUCUGUCAAUACAGCAAACUGAAUCAUACUUCACCAGGAAACCAUCACACCGAUAGAACAACAAUUAAACCACAAGGAUCUACCACAGAAUUUAUAAACCCAACUCCUCCCGACACCACUCCCUUCAAACCCGACACCACAAUAUACUCGACACCACCGAAGACUGAUGCUUCGAUAGACACCACCCCACCCCCAACAGACGCUCUAGUGCCCACAACACCCCCAGAAACAGACGCUCCUCUCCCUACCUCGGACAUGUUGACGCAAGCCCCGUUCCCUUCCACCUUGUCGCCGAAGACAACGCCUCCACCUACAACCACAGUUUUAACAACUACCACGGACAAAGGGGGAGUGGUUAUCAUUGGCUGAACAUCCAGUGAUGUGUUCGAGAAGAUUUUAUGAGGAAAUAAUGUUUGAAAUAUACUGAAAAUAAAUUCUUAUUAGAGACACGGCAAAAUUCACAUUGCUUGAUCGGAUGAAAUA